AUGGAUGUGGAAAACGGUCAAAUGCUAACCAAAUUAACUACCGACAAUGGUGAUCAUAAUCAUGGUUCGAUCAUAAGUUUUCAUUCGAUAAACUAUACGUUAAGAUCACAACAAUGCUGCAAUAUCCUGCCAAUGCCAUGUUUAAAGAAGAAACAACAACAAAUUCUCUAUGAUCUCAACGGAGUCUUUAAGCCUGGUAUGAAUGCUAUUCUAGGACAGACGGGCAGUGGUAAAUCAUCUCUAUUGGAUAUUUUGGCUGAUCGAAAAGAUCGACAAGGUCUCACAGGACAAGUUCUCAUGGAUGGACAACCGCAAGGAUCUGAUUUCAAAUAUCGAGUCGGAUAUGUUGUUCAAGAUGAUAUUCUGAGUGGCACUUUGACGGUGCGAGAAAACUUGGCAUUUUCGGCUAAUGUUCGAUUACCUCAAAAUGUUUCGACUAAAGCCAAGAAAUCAAUUAUUGAUGAAGUCAUACGACAAUUAGAUUUGGAAAAAUGUGCUGACUCGAAUGUAGGCAACGAAUUUCAACGUGGUGUAUCUGGUGGUGAACGCAAACGAACAAAUAUUGGCAUGGAACUAGUUCUUUCGCCUAAUGUUCUCUUUUUAGAUGAACCAACAACAGGGUUGGAUUCAUCAACAGCUCGUAAUAUCAUGGAACAUCUUCAUCAAUUAUCAAGAUCAGGCCGUACAAUAAUUUUCUCGAUUCAUCAGCCUCGUUAUUCGAUAUUCAAAUUGUUCGAUACUCUUUUCGUGAUUGCUGCCGGUCAUUGUAUUUAUCAUGGUCCAACUAGUGAUGUUCUUCCAUUUUUCAUAUCUACCGGCUUCACUUGUGAAGAACAUGAUAAUCCUGCUGAUUUCAUUCUCGAUAUAUGUCAAGGCGAUUAUCGAUCAGCAUUGUCAUCAAUCGAAUACUCUAAUGAGAUUGAACCAGAAAAACAAAAAAGCCAAUUUGCUCAUGACCUAUAUAAAUUCUAUGUUCAAUCAUCGGUUUAUAUUGCAAUUAAAAAACAAAUUGAUGGUAUGAAUAAUUUAACCAAUGGUUCACCAGUAGUUACGAUUGAUACACCUCAAUUGCCGAAAAAAUCACGUCUACAGGAAAUUUUCUAUGUAUCACAACGAACAUUUAGAAAUGCAUUUAGAAAUCCAGCACUUGUUGGCAUGCAAACAGCUAUGUCAAUUUUUCUAGGUGUACUUAUCGGUUUGAUCUACAUGAAUACCGAUCGUUCAUUAGAUAGUGGAUUAAAAAACCGUAUUGGUGCUAUUUUUUUUAUUGUCACCAAUCAAGUAUUCGGCAGUCUAUCAGCACUUGAUGUCUUUAUCAAAGAACGCAAUUUAUUUCAACAUGAAAAUGCCAGUGGUUAUUAUCAUGUAUCUACUUAUUUCAUAUCGAAAUUGAUUUGUGAUAUUAUUCCACUACGAACCAUUCCAUCAGUUCUUUUCUCGGUGAUUGCCUAUUUUAUGAUUGGUUUUCAACAAACAUUUACAAAAUAUUUUAUCUUCUUUUUCGGUAUCUUGACUACCACACUCUGUUCAUCGUCCUUAUGUUUUGUCAUUUCGGCCAGUGUGCAAGUGUUCGGCGUGGCCAAUGUGGUUGCAGCUAUGUUUUGUGUAUUAACAUUAGUAUUUAGUGGAUAUCUAGUUGAAAUCGAAUCUGUUGUAAUAUUUCUUUCAUGGAUCAAAUGGAUUAGUAUAUUUCGAUAUUCAACAAAUAUAUUUAGUAUCAAUGAAUUUAGUGGUUUACAACUUUGUUUGCCCAAUAAUACAGAUAUUUGUCCGGUUGAUGGUAGAAAAAUUUUGAAAGAUCAAAAAAUUGAUUAUUCAUCCGAAUGGGAUCUAUGGAAAAAUUUUAUAGCAUUAGGUGGUAUUAUGUUGGGCUUUCUGAUUUUAACCUAUAUUCAAUUACGUCGUAUGAAGAAAACCAAAUAA